AUGAUAAAGUGUAAUCUUCUUGAGGAUAAAUGGUUUCGUAACUUGUUUAGUAUACGAGACCAAUGGAUACCGGCAUAUUUUAGGGAUAUCACAUUGGGAAGGAUUUUGAGAAUUACAUCUAGAUCAGAGAGCAUUAACAAUUUUUUUAACAAUUUUUCAAACCCACACAUGACGUUUGUUGAAUUUUACAUGAGCUAUGAAAGUGAAAUGGAUGCCCAAAGAUAUAACCAAGAAAAGCUAAAUGUAUCAUCACUUCAUACGGUACCCCAAUUAAAAACUCCAUUGCCAAUUGAAAAGCAUGCUAGUGAAGUCUAUACAAGAACAAUAUUUUUACUAUUUCAAUAUGAAGUUUAUAAGUCUAGUUUCAAGACUUAUAUUCAAAGUAUUGAAAAAAGUGAAAGUGUUGAAACUAUAACUGUUUUGGACUCGGUAUUAGAAAAGAUGUACAAAGUCACAUUUAUUGCAGGAAGUUCAAUUGAUGAGCUUCAACUAGAUUGUGGAUGUAACUUGUUCAAACGUAUAUGCCUAUUAUGUUGUCAUGCGAUUUGUGUUAUGAGUGCAAGGAAAAUAACACAAAUCCCAAAGCAAUAUAUCUUGGAUCGUUGGACAAAACUAGCUAUGACGAAGCUUAUUUUUGAUAUGCAUGGCAAUUUGAUUGAAGACCAUAAAAAUUUGGACAACACUGGAAAGUUGUUGGGGGAAGUUUGGUCGAAAAUAUUCCAUUGUGUUGGUUUAGCUGAAGGGAGUCACUAG